AUGAUAUUGUACCCGCAUAAAUAUUUUUCAAACACAGUAAAAUGCAUGCUUGCUGCGCACAUAUAUAACUUCUGUGUUGAACUGUGUGAUGACUUUUUUUAUACGAGGAGUUUUGAUGUUGAAAAAAGUUUAAUAAUAAAUAAAAAGCCAUUACUUUUAUAUGAGAACAACUUUAUUAGUUCUACAAAAGCAAUAUGUUUUUUAUUCCAUCGAUUACGAAAUGAAAAUAAGAAAAGUGUAGAUGAGAAACUUCGUUUAUAUUUAACAUGGGUCGAAUGGAGUGAACUAUUGGAAAAGAAUAUUGAAGUUUUAAAUAAAAAUAAUAUUAUUGAAAGUUUAGAUGAGUUGGAGCUCUAUUUAACUGAAAAUAAAAAUAAAGAUUUUAUAUGUAGCGGAAAUGGUAGCGACGAUGGGGAAAAUAAGCCAUCCCUUGCGGAUGUUUUUGUAUACACAUCAUUGAAACAUUCAAAUAUUGAAAUAUGCAAAGAAAGCUGGGUGAAUAUUAGUAAUUACAUUGAAAAAUUAAAUAAUUUAACUGAUAUACAAAAAGUUAUAAAAAACGUGGAAAAUAUAUAUAAAUUUAAAAAUAUAUACAAUUUAUUUAUUUCAAAAAUUCAUGAAAAAAAUAUGAAUGCAUAUAUAAAAAAUGAGAAAUUUUAUAUUACAACUGCUAUUAAUUAUGUUAACGGGGAUCCACAUAUUGGUCAUGCAUAUGAAAUAGUUUUAGCUGAUGUUAUUGCAAGAUAUCAUAAAAACAUAGGAAGAGAUACCUUCUUUACAACAGGUGCUGAUGAGCAUGGUAUGAAAAUAGCAAAUCAAGCAGCAAGAAAUAAUAUGACUCCGAAAGAAUUAUGUGAUAUGAAUGUGUUAAAAUUUAUAGAAUUAAAUAAUAUUUUAAAUGUCGAUGUAGAUUAUUAUGUUAGGACAACACGUGAUGAACACAAAAAGAUAGCUCAGGAAAUAUGGAAUAUUUGUGAAAAGAAUGGAGAUAUAUAUUUAGGUGAAUAUGAAGGAUGGUAUAAUGUUAGAGAAGAAACAUAUGUAACAGAAAAUGAAGCAAAAUUAAUGAAUUAUAUGGAUCUAAUGAAUAAUGUAAAAUUAGAAAAAAUGAAAGAACCGUCUUAUUUUUUUAAAAUGUCAAAAUAUCAAGAUAGAUUAAUAGAAUACAUACAUAAUAAUCCUGAUUUUAUUCAACCAGAGCAGAAAAGAAAUGAAAUAUUACAAAGAUUAAAGGAACCAUUAGAAGAUUUAUCCUGUAGUAGAACUAAAUUCACAUGGGGAAUUGCAGUUCCAAGUGAUUCAAAACAUGUUAUGUAUGUAUGGAUGGAUGCAUUACUAAAUUAUUAUUCUAGUUGUUUUAUGAAUGAAGAAAAAGUAAAAUAUUGGCCAGUAGAUGUUCAUAUAAUUGGAAAAGAUAUUGCAUGGUUUCAUACUGUAAUUUUCCCAACUAUAUUAAUGUCAGCUAAUAUUGAAUUAUCAAAAAGGGUAUUUUCUCAUGGGUUUGUAUUAGCUGCAGAUGGAAAGAAAAUGUCCAAAUCAUUAGGAAAUGUAAUUAAUCCUGUGGAAAUUAUAGAUACUUAUGGUUCGGAUGCAUUUCGUUUUCAUGUAAUAAAAGAAUCUAAGAGAGGUUUCGAUCUACGAUUUGAUAUCGACAAUUUAAUUGAUAUGUGUAAUUCUGAUUUAGCAGAUACUAUUGGCAAUUUAGUUCAAAGGACAUUAUCCUUAUGUCAGUUAUCAAACGAUUCAAAAAUCCCUCCAUUAUUCAAAGAAUAUAAUAUUGAUUUACCCUUUAGCCUAUUAUAUUUUAUUAACAGAGUAGAAUAUUAUAUGAAAUCUUUUUGUGUUCAGAAAUGUUGUGAGAAAACAGUUAAUGUGUGCAAAGAUUUGAACAAAUAUCUCACGGAUUUAGCUCCAUGGAAAUACAAAGAUGAAGAUAAAAAUAAAAAGUUACAUAUUAUAAGAAUAAUGUUAGAAUCUAUUUAUUUUAUUGCACAUUAUUUAGAUAUUAUAGUACCAUCAAUUUCUUCACAAAUAUUUAAAAAAUUAAAUGCACCCAAAAAAUGUAUUGUUGAUUUGAAUCCAUGGUUAAAUAAUUUACAAGAAGGGGUUCUCAUAAAUAAUGAUCAUAUUUUAUUUAAAAAAUUUGAAGUGGAAAGUGCAAAAAUAAAAAUUCAGAAGGUUAUUAUGAGAGUUUGUAAAAUUACUAAUAUUAUAAAAAAUGAAGAAUUACUGAAAGCAACCGUAUGUGAGAUAGAAGUGGAUCAUGAAAAAUAUCCCGCUGUUUUGUAUCAACCCUACCAACCAAAUUUUGUUAAUACCUUAACCGUUGCAGUACUUAAUAUUAAACCAAUUACCAUAAAUAAUGUUACUGUUAGUGCUAUUAUUCCGCAUGUUCAUAAUGAACUUUUCUCGUUUUCUCCCCAGGAAAAUAUUCCUACUGGUACACUAGUAAAUGCCAAAAAUUAUAAGACACUUGUAAAGCAAAGGGACAAUUUAACUAAGAAAGAAGUAAACUCCUUAGAAUUAUCUAUUAUUAAUAGUAAUUGUUUUUUUGAGAAAACAAUACCAAUGGUUUUUGCAUCACCUGAUGGUAAGCCCUUUUAUCACGCCACACAGAAGAACGGGCCGCUAAAAUUUUUUUAA